GCUUUACUAAACAGUCCAAUGUUUAGCUGCGUGAUACAGGAUUAGCAUUACAGCCUCUUCCUGCUUGACAAUGCUGCUUAUGGAUGCUAAAUAUAUUUAAUACAGAACUAUAAAUCAGUAAAAGCUUAUCUAUUAUAAGCCGUUGAGAGGACACCGUCGCGAUGGGUUUACUGACGAUUUUAAAGAAGAUGAAGCAGAAGGAGCGGGAGAUGAGGCUGCUGAUGUUAGGUCUGGACAACGCGGGGAAGACGACCAUCCUGAAGAAGUUUAAUGGAGAAGACGUGAGCACCAUCUCCCCAACGCUGGGCUUCAACAUCAAAACACUGGAGCACAAAGGGUUUAAAUUGAAUAUUUGGGAUGUAGGUGGUCAGAAGUCACUGCGCUCCUACUGGAGGAACUACUUUGAGAGCACGGACGGACUGGUGUGGGUGGUGGACAGCGCAGACAGACUCAGACUGGAGGACUGCAGGCAGGAGCUCAGUGCACUGCUGCUGGAGGAGAGGUUAGCUGGUGCAACGCUGCUGGUGUUUGCCAACAAACAGGACUUACCAGGAGCCCUGUCCAAAGAGCAAAUACAAGAGGCGUUGGCCCUGGAUGAGAUCAGAAGCCAUCACUGGUGUAUCAUUGGCUGCAGCGCAGUGACGGGAAAUAAUUUGUUAGCUGGAGUGGACUGGCUAUUGGAUGAUAUCGCUGCAAGGAUCUUCACCACUGACUGAACGGCAGCCUCUUGUGUUUGAGGUCCGACACGACUCUGCGCUCAUUGGACUACGCAGGCAUCUGCCCUGUAUCCACGGUUACAGGAGUCACUUUGACAUUUAGAUACUGUGUAGCAGGGAAAUCGUGAGAACUUGUGAAAACGAACAAGUAAAUUCACACAACGAAAGCUAAAUGUUUGUUUACAGUAAAGUAUUGACCGACUCCCACUUAUUUACUUUAUAUUACAUCAGAUUGUCAGCUGGUGAUUUGUGCCUCACACCUUUUCUUUAAUAACUUGCUUAUUGAAUAAAGAUGUCAUUGAAAUCCUCAGUGAAGUUAUUAUAUA